GGGGCGGUGCUGACAGUUGCGUGUGUGGGGGUGGGGACGCGAGUGGGUGACGGGAGGGAGUGUAAAUAGAGCGAAGGAGGGUUCGCGGCUGUCCUGCCCCCUCCGAGCGACUCUCGAGGAGCCCCAGUUGGAGAUGGAAGAAGACGAACAGGAGCAGCGGCGCAGGAAAGUGGAAGCUGGGAGAGCCAAGCUUGCUAGCUUCCGACAGAGAAAAACAAAAGGUGACUGUCCGAAUUCGAAGAAAAAGACGGCGAAGAGGAAGGGUUCGGCUGUCCCUGCGCCUGUCCAGGAGGAGGGUCCGGUAGCCACUCCACACAGUGAGCGCCCCCACGGAGGGGCUGCUUGUGAAAGCAAGGCAUGCAGCAGCACCCUGGAGGGGACCAGAGGGGCCUUUGCAGCUCAGGAACAAGAAGACUGUGAACUGGAUGAGACUGACCUGCAGGCACAGAAACUACAGCAGCAAGAACAGCAGCAGGAGCUGCAGGCACAGCCACCCCAGACAGCCCACAGCCUUGAGCUCGAAGCUCUGCGCCUGAGCCUGAAUAACAUGCAUACAGCACAGCUAGAGCUGACGCAGGCCAACCUGCAGAAGGAAAAGGAGACAGCGCUGAAGGAGCUGCGGGAGAUGCUCAAUGGCCGGCGGGCACAGGAGCUGGCGCUGCUGCAGAGCAGACAGCAGUGUGAACUGGAGCUGAUGCGAGAGCAGCAUGCCCGGGAGAAGGAAGCAGUGGUGCUCCGCUGCGGGCAGGAGACAGCUGAGCUGAAGGAGAAGUUACGUUCAGAAAUGGAGAAAAACGUCCAGAUGAUAGAGACUCUGAAGCAAGAUUGGGAAUCUGAAAGGGAGUUAUGUUUGGAAAAUCUCCGCAAAGAAUUGUCUGCAAAGCACCAGUCGGAAAUGGAGGGAUUGCAAAACCAGUUUCAGAAAGAAUUAUCGGAACAGAGGGCUGAGUUGGAGAAGAUUUUUCAAGCCAAACAAGAGGCUGAAGUUUCCCUGAAGAACCUGGAGACUCAGCACCAGGCAGCUGUCAAGAAGUUACAGGAAGACCUGCAGUCAGAGCAUUGCCAGUAUUUACAAGAUCUAGAGUCGAAAUUCAGAGAGAAGGAAAAAGAGAAAGAGUUGGAGUUAGAGACUCUUCAGACAUCCUAUGAAGACCUGAAGGCUCAGUCCCAAGAAGAAAUCAGGCGCCUAUGGUCCCAGCUCGAGUCUGUGAAAACCAACAGAGAGGAACUGAAUGGGUCAUGGGAGCCGCUGCUGGCCCGAGACUCUCACCUGGAGGAGCUGGAGCAUCUGCGGUCAGACUUUGCUCAGCAGCAGCAGCAAGAGAGAGCCCAGCACGAGUCAGAACUGGAGCACCUGAGGGUCUAUUUUGAGAAGAAGUUGAGGGAUGCUGAGAAGACAUACCAAGAAGACCUGACCUUGUUCCAACAGCGGCUGCAGGAGGCCAGGGAGGAUUCUCUGGAGUCUACAGAAAUCGGUUCAUCCUGUGUGUUUCCGGAGGAGACAUCUGGCCGAGAAACAAAGGAGCCGCCUGACCCACUAGAUCAUCAGCUUGAGCAGCCGCAGGUCAGACACAGUCUAGUUGAAGACCAUCAGGUAAAACUAAAGACAGCUGAGGAGAAGAUUCAACUACUGAAGCAGGAGUUCCAAAAAAAGGAAGCAGAGUGGGAGCAUUCACACGAGGACCUAAAGAGAGAAGCUGAAGAGAGAUUAACCUCCAUGUUUCUUGAGCUAAAAGAAAAGGCCGAGUCUGAGAAACAGUCCAUAGUAAACAGAUUUGAGCUUCGGGAGUCUAGCAUGAGGCACCUGCAGGACCAGCAGGCGGCCCAGAUCUUGGACCUGGAGAAAUCUCUGAUGGAGCAGCAGGGCCGUCUGAGGCAGCUGGAACAAGAACUCACUAGAGAUGAAGUUCUGCCCUGUAGCCAGUGUGGCCAGGAGCCCCUUGUGGCCCAGGAUGAGGAGCACGUCAUGCUCCUCCGUGAGAAGGAAGACUGUGCCCUCCAGCUGAUGAUGGCCCAGAAUAGGUUUUUGGAAGAGCGCAAAGAGAUAAUGGAGAAGUUUGCCAAGGAACAAGAUGCUUUCCUUCGAGAUGCCCAGGAGAAGCAUAUCCAUGAGCUCCAGCUCCUGCAGCAGGGACACCAGCAGCAGCUUCAGGCCCUGAGGAUGGAGCUUGAGAGCAAGCACCACUCUGAGCUCGCCCAACAGCUUACCUCCCUGGAGAGCAAGCAGCAGGUACUUCUUGAGACUCACGUGGCUGAACUGCAGGUAAAACACAGCGCUGAAAUUCGCGCCUUGGAGAUGAGACAUUUGUCAAAUUUGGAUGCGUUGGAAUCCUGUUACUUGGCCGACGUUCAGACUAUUCGGGAUGAGCACAGAAGGGCUUUGGAGCUUUUGCGAGCAGAGCUUGAGGAACAGCUACAGAAAAAGGACUCUUCUCACAAAGAGAUUUUGACACGUGAGUUGGAAAAACUGAAACUGAAACAUGAUGAGGAGCUUCAGUCUGCAAAAGAUAGCUUGAGAAUCGAAAUGCAUGCCAGACACACAGAGAAAGUGAAAGGCCUGGCCACUGACUUGCAAGCUCCACAACAGGAGGAACUGGCUAUGGCUCUGCACCAUCAAAGGUACCCGCUAGAGAAGGAUGGCAGUGCAGCCUUGGGUAGCAUGGGUGCUGAGGUCCUGCUGCACCAAGCUGUGCCUCAGGAGCUGGGAGACACACACGCUGUUGAAAUGCAGAAGCCCCAAGCAGAGUUGGCCAAACCUCAGGAGCUGCAGGCAUCUCAGGAACAGGCUGCACAGCUGAAAGGCCAGGUCUUGUCGCUGAGUCGGGAGAUAGAAGAGUGCCGAGCUGAGCUGGAGAGGCUGCAGCAGAGGAGGGAGCGGGAGAACCAGGAGGGCGCCACUCUCAUCUGCAUGCUCAGGGCUGAUGCAGACCUGGCUCGGAGCGAAGGGAAAGUACUCCGAGAUGCUCUGAGGAGACUGCUUGAUUUGUUUGGAGAAACACUGAAGGCAGCUGUCACCCUCAAGAGCCGGAUCAGUGAGCGCGCAGGGCUCCUCCUGGACCAUGUGGAUGCUGCAGAGACAAGUGACGCCCGGUUAGCAGCCGCAGCCCUUGGCGAUAUGUGGUCUGACGAGGGUCUACUGGAGGUAGACAGAACUUUGCCUGAAGGGGCAGAGACAUCUUCAGUGUCUGAAAUUAGCAGUCAUGUAUGUGAAAGCUUUUUUAUGAGCCCCGAGAAUACACUGGAAUGUGAGCAGCCGAUCAGGAAAGUCUACCAGAGCCUCAGCACGGCUGUGGAUGGCCUCCUGGAGAUGGCCCUGGACUCCUCCAAACAGCUAGAGGAAGCACGCCAGCUCCACUGUUGUGUUGAGAAGGAGUUCCAUCAUAGGAAUGAGGAGAUAGCGCAGGCUGUGCAGAAGCAGCAGGAGCUGUUGGAACGCCUGAGGCAGGAGAGUGCGGCCAAGGAUGGGCUGGCACUGGAGCUGCACACAGCAGAGGGUCUCCUGGAAGGAUUCAAGGUAGAGAAAGCUGAUCUGCAGGAGGCACUGGGCAAAAAGGAGGAGUCGGAACAGCAGCUGAUCCUGGAGCUCGAGAACCUGCGGAAGCAGCUGCAGCAAGCAGCCCAGGAACUGGUUUCUCUGAGGGAAGAAAAUUCUGCCUUGUGGAACCAGAAGGAAACUUUCACUAAUGAAGCAAAAGAAAGAGAAGCUGCUCUGCAGAAGGAAGUGGAAUCUCUAACCAGAGACCAGUGGGAGGCCAGAAAGCAGUCUGAGAAGGACCGUGCCAACCUGCUCUCUCAGAUGCGAGUCUUGGAGUCUGAGUUGGAGGACCAGCUUGUACAGCACCGGGGCUGUGCCCAGCUGACUGAAGAAGUGGCCACCCUGAAGCAGCAGCUGGCUGCACUGGACAAGCAUUUACGUAGCCAGCGUCAGUUCAUGGAUGAGCAGGCUGCUGAACGUGAGCAUGAGCGUGAAGAGUUCCAGCAGGAGAUCCAAAGGCUGGAGGGGCAGCUCCGCCAGGCAGCCCGGCCACGGCCUCCUGGGCCCCGUGACAGCCAGUGUGCACAGCUAGAUGAGGAGGUGGAAUUAUUACAAGAAAAAUUGAGAGAAAAAUUAGAUGGAUUUAAUGAAUUGGUCAUAAAGAAAGAUUUUGCAGAUCAACAAUUGCUAAUCCAAGAACAAGAAAUUAAACGUCUUGAGGAGACAAAUGUCAACAUACAAAGACAAAUGGCCCAGCUCCAGGAAGAACUGGAAAAACAGAAAAAAAACAUGGAAGAAUUAAAAGAUAAAGAGGUACUAAAGCAAGAGCACGCAAGUGACUUACUGCUACCACCUGUAUCACAGUGUAGGAUGGAUGAGGCUGGGUGUCCUAUACUUCCUCAGGGCGGCUCUUCUAGGGAUCCUGAAACCCCAGCAGAGGUAACAGAGAGGACACUCCUGCAGCAUGAGAAUGAGGGUGUGCACAGUAGAAACUCUGAGAUUGAAGAGCUGAAAACCAUCAUCGAAAAUUUGCAGGAGAACCAAGAACAAUUGCAGAAGGAUAAAGCGGAAGAAAUUGAGCAGCUCCAUGAAGUCAUUGAGAAGCUGCAGAGUGAGCUGAGCCUCAUGGGGCCCAAGGUGCAUGAACUCAGUGAUCACCAGGCUAGCAAUCUCCACAAUGAGCUGUCCUGCCUCCAUGCAGAAGGCCAGCGUGGACAGGCACUACGAAACGAGCUGGAAGCUGCACAGGCAGCCAAGGAGGUCUUUGGGCAGCUGCUGGCAGACCAGGCCCAUGGACACAGCCAAGCCCUGGAGGCGCUGCAACAGCGUCUGCAAGAUGCAGAGGAGGCUGCUGCUAGACGCUUGGCUGAACUGGAACGUUGUGUGGCCCUCAGAGAGGCUGAGCUUGAAGGCAUGGCCUCUCGGAUCCAAGAGUUUGAAGCCACCCUGAAGGCAAAGGAAGCAAUCAUUGUGCAGAGAGAUUUAGAAAUCGACACCAUCAACAAGUGGAAAGCAAGCCAUUCCCUUGAGCUGGAGAGCAUCCUUUUGGCUUUGACACAGUUCUGUCAUGCUCUGGAGCAGCAGACCUUUGCCACCCCAGAUGAGCUUCCUGAGCUACAGCAGCUGCGAAGGCAGUGUGCUGGCCUCAGCCACCAGCUGCAAGUGCUGCACCGGCGUUUCCUGAGGUGCCAGGUGGAGUCGGACCAGCAGCAGGCUCAGGUGGCAUCUGUUGGCUGCUCAUACCCUUGUGCGGACGCACAGGCUGAACACGGUGGUCAGUGGGAACAGGACGAUGUCAGCAUGGGACUGGCCUUGGCACCCCACAGCUCAGCUCCACAGGAUAAUAUACAGUCUGCCAAAGUCCUUGUGACACUAAAGGAUGCCAGUCUCCCCAAGGCCGAAAGUGUGAUGUCAGUGCUCGCCAUCUGCCAGAGGCGGCUGGAGGCAGAGAUGCUUUUAGUGAAAAACGCAAUGCACUUGAGCGUGGAGGAUGACAGCGAGGCGCUUGAAGGGACGCAGGCUAAGGAAAAGCAACUGGAAGAUGGUCAGCUGGGCAGUGCCAACCUCAUAGUCCAGAUGAAACAGCUGCAGGAGAAACUGAACCACUUGGUGCAUUCCAUGGCCUCCAGGGACAGCGGCAUAGAAAAUCCUAAGUUACAUCAGCCAAACCUGUCAGAAAAUGGUUCAAGUAAUAAUUGUCAUAAUGAUGAAGGAAGCCAUGUAUCACCUCCUAUUGAUGUAUGUAAUACUGCUAGAACCACGUGGGAUGUCAUUGAUGCUAUUAAAAAUCAGGAUUUGUUGGUCCAAAUUGAAAUGCCAGGUUUUCCCACUCAAGAACCGUUAACACCACAAGGUGGACCUCUUUCCUCACAAAUCAGUGUGCACAGUGACUCCCUCGACACUGAGGAGGCUGAGCCCCAGAAGGACCCAGUGAGGGCCCUGGACCUGUCUUCCUGGAGCUCCCCUGAGGUCCUCCGGAAGGACUCAAGCCUCGAGCCCCAGCACAGCCUCCCUCUGACCCCCCGCACUGGUCCAGUGAGCCUGCACAGUGUGGACACCUCCUCCCAAGACUGGACAGACCCACUGCUGCUGGCCGAUGCGUCAGGGCUGCUUUGUUACCCGGGCAAGUCAGCAACAGGACAGGCCCCACUGUGGGUGCUGGCUCCUUCGGCUGAGAACCACCAUGUGGAGAGGCCAGCUACGGAGAAGGAUGUCGAAGACUUUAUCGUAACAUCUUUUGAUUCUCAAGAAUUGUUAACAUCCCCUCAUGAAUCAGCAAGAAGUGAUGGGAGUGGGAAAAACCAUGGCCCAAGCAGUGCUCUGAUGCUGACUUUGGGCUCAGGAGGAGCCGAGACUCCCACCACCGAUCUUGCGGCUGCUGCUACUCUUCCUUUCUCUAGAAGGUUCGUCCAGUCACCAGGAGCAAUGAAGGAGAAGGAAAUCCACGCAAAGCACAUGAAGGCUUUGCUGCAGUUGGUCUUUGAUGAGAGCCAUCAGAUAUUGGCCUUGUCAGAGAGCCAGGACCUCCCGAAUUCGCUGAGCAAGGGUGAACCACGUGACCCCCUGGAUGGCCUUCCAAGGGACAGGCAAGCCCUUUUGGAGGUGACAACUGACAGAGGAGAGAAGGAGUCUUCGGAAGCACAACUUACGUGGAAUGAGGAGCUUUUGCGGGCCAUACAAGAAGUGUUUGCCAGGGAGCAGGAGAAUGCUGAGCUGCAGCCGAGAGCCUACGGCUUAGACCUAGGGGAUUAUAACGCCCUGUUCAAGAGGCUGGAGAAGGUUAUUCAAGAGCAGGGAGACCUGCAGAAGGUCCAGGGACAACUAUGUCUGCCGGACAGGAGCAGCCUGCUGUCUGAGAUUCAGGCUCUGCGUGCUCAGCUCCGCAUGACACACCUACAGAACCAAGAGAAGCUGCAGCAGUUGUGUGCAGCACUGACGAGCACAGAGGCCCGUGGGAGCCAGCGGGAGCACCAGCUACGAAGACAAGUUGAACUAUUGGCAUACAAAGUUGAGCAGGAAAAGUGCAUAGCCCAUGACUUACAGAAAACCUUGAACCAAGAACAAGAGAAGGCGAGUGAUGUCCGCAAGCUCCUGAUGGUGGAACAGAGUGCAGUACAGGAUCUGAAAUCGGAGCUGCAUGCGUGCAAGCAGGAGAACACAAGGCUGUUGGAGUCCCUGGACCAGGUGCAGCAGGAGGUCCUGCGGCUCAGAGCCAUGCUGGACGGGAAGGAGAAUGAGCUGAAGGUUGUACUUGAGGAGCUGGAGUGUGAGCGAGGAAAGGAGCGAGCUCUGCAGGCCCAGCAGGAGGAGCAGACGCUGCGGCACCUGCAGAGGGAGGGCCAGAGCUCCAGGGCCCUGGAGGAGUUAAAAAUGUCUUUGGAGAAGCAGCGUGCUCAAAAUAACCAACUGUGCGUUGCUUUAAAACACGAGCGUGCGGCCAAGGACAACCUGCAGAAGGAGCUGCAGAUCGAGUCCUCCCGCUGCGAAGCCUUGCUGGCCCAGGAGAAGGGCCAGCUUUGUGAGCUGCAGAAGAGCCUAGAGGCUGAGAGGAGCCGCUCGCUCGAGCUUUCAGAGGCCUUGCAGCAUGAGCGGCUUUUGACGGAGCAGCUGAGCCGCAACGCGCAGGAGGCCUGUGCCCGCCAGGAGACACAAGUGCAGCAUGCCUUACUGCGGAAGCUCAAAGCAGAGAAGGCUCGUGCACUGGAGCUGGAAACCAUGCUUGAGAAGGUGCAGAAACAGGCUGCACACAUACAGCAGCAACUGGAAUCUCAGGCUCAGGAGCGCUGUGUAGAGCUCAGGAAAGAGAAGGAGCGAGAAUUAGAGUUGCAGCGCCAGCGCGAUGAGCAUAAAAUCGAGCAGCUUCAGGAGAUGGUGAGAGAGCUGAGGUGGAAAGAGAAGGCGACUGAGGGGGACGGCCCUUGCCGGAGCUCCCCCCGCCUGGGUUCUCUGGAGCUGGACCGUGUUCAGGAGCAGCAACAGGAGCUGGAGAAGAUACGGCAGCAGCUCCUGUGUGCGGCUGGGCUCCUCAUAAGCUUCACCGACCGCACUGUGGACAGGACAAUUAAAGAUUGGACGUCAUCAAAUGAGAAGGCAGUGUCGUCCUUAAUGCAUACUCUUGAGGAACUGAAGUCUGAACUGAGCAUGCCUACCUCCUCCAAGAAAAAGAUGGCGGCAGAGCUACAAGUCCAGCUGGUGAAUGAGCUGCUGAGAGACAAUGAUGCCCUUUCAAAAGCCGUCAGCGCAGCAACCCGAGAGAAAGCAGAGCUGUGCAGGACCAUCUCCCGGCUCGAGAAGACCCUGAAGCACCACACCCAGAAGGGCUGCCUUCUCAGUAGGCAAAGCAAGUCUUCAUGGAAGCAAGAUGGGACGGUUUUGCAGAGUUCUCUACGGCACUCAGAUCCCGAGUGGCACACGUCGACCACAAGUGUGGAAACAAACACCUGCAAUACCAAGAUGGAAAAACUGUACCUUCACUAUCUGAGAGCAGAGAGCUUUAGAAAAGCUCUAAUUUAUCAAAAGAAGUAUCUCCUGCUGCUGAUUGGCGGAUUCCAGGACUCUGAACAGGAAACGCUCUCCAUGAUUGCUCAUUUGGGGGUCUUUCCUUCCAAAGCAGAUAAGAAAAUUACUACAUCACGUCCUUUUACAAAGUUCCGCACUGCUGUGCGGGUAGUCAUCGCAGUAUUGAGGUUGCGAUUUUUGGUUAAGAAAUGGCAAGAAGUGGAUCGGAAAGGAGCACUGCUACAUGGCAGAAGCACCCGCCAAGGACAUCGAAUGUCCCGGAGACAGCAUUCUCCAUCAGAAAACAGAGCGUCUCUGCCAACCAGAGAAGUUUCCUCAGGUCAUAUCAAGGACUCUAGACACAGCCCCAGAUCCUCGGCAGCAAUCUCGCUGGGCAAAGUGGAAAGAUCACCUUCAUCACCAAAUUCAAGGUUAGAAAGAUCUCUGAAUGCUUCUCAAGAUCCAGAACAUUCCUUGACAGAAUAUAUUCAUCAUUUAGAAAUGAUCCAGCAAAGACUUGGGGGGUUACCACCAGAUUCUACUCAGAAAUCCUGCCAUCAGAAGAGUAAACAAUGAAUAAAGUCUUGUGGCUCUUAACCUGUGACAGUUGUAUCUGAGGAAAGAUAGCUUUCCUAAGGAAAGCUCAUGGUAUGGUCUGGGACACUCUGCAGGAGUCAUGCUACCAGCCCCUAGGAGGGCCGAGCGUUUCCAAAUCUGCACACUGCUAUAAGGAGCACUUUCGCUCCUCCCUCCUGCCAGUGAGCAAUGGCUGUGUUGUACUCUGUGCCUAUGAUAGAGCAUCUGCCUCCAGGUCAGAAGUGGAGAGCGGUUCCAGUUGUUUAUUUUCUUAACGUGUAAGGAUGGAAAGUUCAUUUGUAAACGAACAAAUAGGAAGGAAAGAAUAAAUUUUGGAAGGAAAGAAUAAAUUUUAAGUACUGUUCUCUUA